AAGGGGAGGGACUUCGCCAAAUGGACUGCUGAUUGGCUAACGUCUUUCAUGUCGUCAUAUCCUUGAGGCUGCUCGUCCACUUCCGGAAGAAACGGAAGACAACAGUGGACAUUUAAGGCUUAAAACGUUAAACUUUAAAAUAGGAAAACAGAAACAGACAUUGUCAUUUGAGUAGUUUGACAACUAAAGACCUAAACUGUCGACAUGUUUUCGUUCCACGUGUUCGAUCACCCGUUGUCCCGGGGCUUUCAGAACCGCUUCUCCACUCAGUACCGAUGCUACUCGGUGUCCAUGCUGGCCGGUCCCAACGACCGCUCUGACGUGGAGAAAGGAGGCAAAAUCAUAAUGCCACCUUCAGCUCUCGACCAGCUCAGCAGGCUUAACAUCACCUAUCCAAUGCUGUUCAAGCUGACCAACAAGAACUCAGACAGAAUGACACACUGUGGCGUACUGGAGUUUGUGGCAGACGAGGGAAUCUGCUACCUGCCACACUGGAUGAUGCAGAAUCUUCUACUAGAAGAAGGAGGUCUGGUCCAAGUGGAAAGCGUUAACCUGAUGGUGGCCACCUACUCAAAGUUCCAGCCACAGAGCCCUGAUUUCCUGGACAUUACAAACCCCAAGGCAGUACUGGAGAAUGCUUUGAGAAACUUUGCCUGCUUGACAACUGGUGACGUCGUCGCUAUCAACUACAAUGAAAAGAUCUAUGAGCUGCGAGUCAUGGAGACUAAGCCAGAUAAAGCAGUGUCCAUCAUCGAGUGCGAUAUGAACGUGGAUUUUGAUGCUCCUUUGGGUUACAAAGAGCCUGAGCGACGACCUCAGCACCAGGAGGAACCAACAGAGGAGGAAGCAGAUCCCACUAGUUACGCCGACAUGGAUCUGGGAUUUAGAGCUUUUACCGGCAAUGGCAAUCGUUUGGAUGGAAAAUUAAAAGGGAUAGAGCCCAGCCCUGUACCUCUUGACCCAAGUGACAUCAAAAGAGGCAUUCCUAACUACGAUUACAAAGUUGGCAGAAUCACCUUCAUCAGAAACUCAAGGCCACUGCCCAGGAAAGCUUUCGAUGAGGAGGAUGAAAUGAACAGAUUCAUCGCCUUCUCUGGAGAAGGACAGUCACUACGCAAAAAGGGAAGAAAGCCUUGAAGGAGCCCACGUGGAGAGACUGGCUAGCAUGCAGAGACUCGCAAUAUACAUUGUCCCCCUAAACAGCAAAGUAAAAAACUGAACUUCAGAUCCAUGCGGUUUUUGACUCUUUGUCGCUUUGAAAUGGUGUUGCUGUUGAGUUGGGAUUUGAUGUUAUUAAAGGUCUGACAGUAACAUGUUGCUCAACAAAAGCUGAGCUCCUUAUAAUGCUGUCUGGAGUUUGUGAAAUAAAUAAAAAAUAAUUAUAUCACCACACCACCAA